AUGGGUCCACGCUCAGAUAUGCUGAAGACGUCGAGUGUGGGGAGCUUGCACGAUGACGAUAGCGACGAGGAGAGUCGAGUUGUGGAGGAAGAUCCAUCAGGCAGAUACUGUCGAUUCAGGGCUGUUCUGGGAAAAGGCGCCUUCAAGACAGUAUACAAGGCGUUCGACAAAGCGGAGGGCAUCGAGGUGGCAUGGAACCAGGUGCAGGUGCGCGACGUGUUCCAGUCGCAUGACGAGCUCGAACGCCUCUACUCCGAGGUGCAUCUGCUCAAGACCCUUCGACAUAAGAACAUUAUCAAGUUUUAUGACUCGUGGGUGGACGCCCGCAACAAGAACGUCAAUUUCAUCACGGAGGUCUUCUCGUCCGGCACGCUCAGACAGUUCCGGCAGCGGCACCGGCAGUGCGACCUGCGCGCGAUCAAGAACUGGUCGCGGCAGGUGCUGCGCGGGCUGUUCUACCUGCACUCGCACGACCCGCCCAUCAUCCACCGCGACCUCAAGUGCGACAACAUCUUCAUCAACGGUAACCAGGGCGAGGUCAAGAUCGGCGACCUCGGGCUCGCCGCCAUCCUGCACCACCGCGACGCCGCGCAUAGUGUUAUUGGCACGCCGGAGUUCAUGGCGCCGGAGCUGUACGAGGAGGAGUACAACGAGUUGGUGGACAUAUACGCGUUCGGCAUGUGCGUGCUCGAGAUGAUCACGCUCGAGUACCCCUACAGCGAGUGCACCAACGCCGCGCAGGUCUACAAGAAGGUCUCCGAGGGCAAAAAGCCGCUGGCGCUGCAGCGCAUUCCGGACGAGGGCAUACGCGAGUUUGUAGAGAUGUGUCUGGCGGACGCCUCCCGCCGCCUGCCCGCGCGCGACCUGCUGCGCCACCCCUUCCUCGCGGAAGGCUCUGGGUCGCUGCAGCAGCCCCCUUUCGCGAGCGCCGCCGACCGCGCCUCCCGCCCCCCCCCCGCAGAGGGCGGAGGGGGAAGAAAGAGCGGGAGGAGCGGGGGGAGCAGAGGCGGAAGAUGGGGGGAGAGUGGGGGGAACGCGGGGGGAGGUGGAGGGGGCAGGGGGAUGGGGAUGGGGUGGUUGGGGGGGGAUGAGCUGGUCAGUUUCAGGGGGGGUGAGGGCGGGCGCGGGGGGAGGGGCGGGGGACGGGGAGGGGGAGGGGAAAGGGCUGGGGGCGGGGGAAAAGGGGAAGAGACAUGGGUGUGGGACACGAAUCUAGAGGUGCCUAAGGCGGUUGGGGCGUGGGUGAAGCAGGGCGGGGAGGAGGAAGAGGCGGAGGAGGAGGUGGUCAGCAAACGCGCAGGAUGGUCGGAGAUUGUGGGGUUGAUGGCGGAGACGUUGCAGCAGCAGGAGUGGGGGGCGGGUUCCAGCGAGGAAGGGGAAGCGGAGAAGGGGGUUGGUGAGAGGAGAGAUGGGCUUAGUGGGGGGGAGGAGGACAAUGAAGGCGUUGAGAGGGAGGGGGGAGAGGAGGGGGAGGAGGGGGAAGGGGAUGGGAGGGGGAGUGGUAGCGGGGAGCAUGAGAGAGAAAGCGGGACAGAUAGUGAGUGUGGUGGAGGGGAGGGGCGUGGAGAGGAGGAGGGGUUGGCGAGUGUGGAGUCGGAUGUUGAUUUGGAAAGGGGGGAGUGCAGCAAGCAGCAGGAGGGCCGCACGGUGUGCAUUCGCUUGCGACGCGCAGAUGGCAAAGGGCGCAUGCACGUGAUUCAGUUUCCCUUUGACACUUCGCGAGACUCAGCGUUCAGUGUGGCAUGCGAGAUGGUGGACGCGCUAGGCCUGCCCGACUCCGCCCUCGCAUCCGUCGCCGAUGAGAUUGACGCCCAGCUCCUUGCCCUCGUGCCGCCCGCCCAUGCUGCUGCUGCUGCUGCUGCUGCAGCUGCUACUGCGACCGCCGCUGACUUGGUUCUGGCUUCUAGUGGUGGCGGUGGUGUUGGUGUGGGGGGGGUUGCUGAUGGGGAUGCUGAUGGUGGGAUGGAGUCUGGGGUUGCAGAGGAGGGGUUGGAGGGGAGUGAGACGGAGGAGGAGGAAUGGGCGGGGAUAAGCGGAAGGGCAGGGCGGGAGGGGGCGCAGGGGUCUCCGCCAGUGUCUUUUGGGAGGGGAGCAGAGGGGGGUGCAGUGGGGGAGGGGGGGGGGAGCUGGGGAGCGGCGCAUGGGGCCAGUGGGAGGCGACGUCCCGUACAAGUAGGGUGGGAUGGAAGCCCUGAGGGCCUGGUGGCACUCGGAGGAGGGGGAGGAGGAGUGCGAGGGGGGCGAGGAGGAGGAGGAGGAGGAGGGGGAGGGGUGGGAGCAGGAGGUUUGACUUCGCCGUCCCACGGGCCGACGAUCAUGGCUCGUCUGGCGUCUAAGAUGUUCCCUCUGAGCCUCGCUAAGCUUGCCUCGUCCAAGCGCCACCUCCCUCCCAGCAGCAGCAAGCCGAUCCGAGGGAACAGCAUCACCUUUGGCGUGGGCACGCACGUGGGGCAGCAGCUGGGAGCGGUGCCGAGGGGUGUGUCGCGGUUGUUAGGGAUGGAUGGAGCAGUGGAUGUGGAUGAGCUACAGGUGCAUGGGCGGUUUGUGUCGUUCCGAUCGCCCACGGGAGAUAGCUCUAGGAGCUCCAUUGCGUCGGCUUCCUCGCAGUCUGCCCCUCCGUCUGCUCCUGCUGGUGCUGCUGCUGCGGACUGGGGUGUGGAGGAGGGGGGAGGUGUUCUGGACAGUGGUGGUGGUGGUGGGGGGGGGGGGGGAGAGUGCACGCGUGCAGUGGAAGGAGCAGAUCGGGGUGCGGCUGCUAACGUCAAUCCUACUGGUGCUUCUGUUGCUGAUGCUGCUGCUGCUGCUGCUGCUGCUGCUGCUGCUGCUGCUGCUGCUGCUGCUGAUGGCACGGUCAUGCCGGGAUACAGUCACGGCAGUGAGCUGGCACGACUGCCGUCCCUGCCGUCAGUAAAUAAGGCCCCGUACCAGUCGCCUAUGAUGCGCAGCCUUAGUGUGGGCAUGGGCAGUCUCGUGCAUGCUGCAGCAGCGGCAGAGCAUGCGGUAAGGAAGGGAGAAGAUGGGCUAGGCGAGUGGGGUGAGGGAGUUGGGCCGGACGGGAGAGAGUUUGGGUGGGGUGGGGGGAGGUCCAGGUUCGGCGAAUCUCCACGUGGUAGUCUGGGGAGUGGGAGAGGGGAGGAGGGAGAGGGUGGUGAGGCAGGGAGGAAGGCGAUGAUGGGUGGGGUGGGGUGGGAGGGAGUGGAGAAGGCGGAGAAGGGUUGUGAGAGGGGUGCUGGGAGCAGGGGGGAGAGGGGGAGGAGAUGGGUGGUUCUGACAGAGCAAGAGGCGGGUCUGGUUGCAGAAAUGGAGGGGGAGAUUGCUGCAGUUAGGGAGAGGUAUGAGCCGCGGAUAGCACAGGUGCGUGCAGAGAUCCAUGGUCUGUUUGUGCAAGGGAGCGAGGAUGGGGACUGGGGAGGAGGGGAAGAGGCGGGGAAGGGAUCGAUUAAGGAGAGGGGGGGUGAAGUAAGGGGAGAUGGGGUUGGGUUUGUGGGUGGAGACAGGGGGAAGGUGGAGGAUGGUGAUGGUGUUGUCAAGCGGUUGGUGAGGGUUGCGGAUGUGCAAGGCAGAGAAGGUGGUGAUGUAGGUGUGGAGGAUGGAGACGGUGCGACAGGCAAGGAUGGGGCAUGCCACAGUGGUAGUAGUACUGUGGUGCCCCACUCACCUGGAACUGGCUUGCAAAACCUCCCCACAGCUUCCCUUGCUGACGCCCCUGUGAAGGCUUCUACUGCCGCGGCCUCCCUCGCGCCUGGUACAACUCUCCCUGCUGACGCUCCUGCAGUGGCUCCGCCUGCACCUGUGCUUGCUACACCUGCUGCUGCUGCUGCUGCUGCUGCCACAGCUGCAGCCGUUCCAUCAUCUGCCACGUCAUGUGUGCCUCCCUUGCCUGCAUCAUUACGCUCGCCUUCUCAUCCUGUCUGCCCUCCUGUCACCAUUGGGACUAGUGCUGUAGCUGCUCCUCCCCUUUCCCGGCCCGGCGAGAGAAGCAACAGCAUUCCCGGCACGGACCGCAGUGCGUAUGGAGGGCUGAAUGGUGAAAUUAGUAACGAGGCUCACAGCAGCAGCAGCAGCAACAGCAGGGCAGGCCGGGAGAUGGUGGAGCGGUCUAUUGCCCUUAUGGAGGCCAGCAUUCUGGAAAGGCUGCCCUGCAGCGGUAAGCUCGCUGUGGGUCCUGCUGCUCUCUCUUCUCCUAAUAGCUGUCAGCGGCCUGCUGCUGUGAAGGUUGGCGGCGCUGGUGGUGCUGGAGUUGUUGCUAAGGAGGGAGGCGUGGGUGCAGGUGUGGGUGUGGUAGGGUUGGGCAAAGGUGGUCCUGGUCUGGCCACCAUACGACAAUCAGCAAGAGCACAGUCGCCCAGCUAUGCCUGCUCGUGA